UGAAUUUCACAGUAUGUGUUUGUGCAUUUGCUGUCUAUUAAUUUUUUAAAUUUACUAAAUUUACAUAGAUCACAUUUUUACCAUGGUCAAGACAAUAGCUGUUUGCGUAGCAUUCCUUUGUCAAUUGCUGGGUUACUCAUUAUUUCUAAGCCAACCUGAGGAUAAAUGCUCACCGGCUCCCAGCCUAGCUAGUUGGAUCUUUCUAUUGUCUACGAUUUGCUUCCUGUCGGACUUUGAUUUAUAUCCAGAACGCUUUAUGCACAUGGCAAACUUUUGGCAAGUGAUCAUCGAAAUUGUGGCAUCCAUUUUUCUAGCCGAGAUCGGCACUGUGAUUAUCUGGUGCGGAUUGGAGCGAUUAAUCUAUGCUUUGGUAGUGGAAUUACUGUGGCUGGUGGGAAUAGGAGAUUGCCUGCGAUGGCUAUUUGAGUACUCGAUUCUGGGUGUUGUGACCACAGCGUUGAGUGUUGCCAUUUUCUGGUACAUCAUCCGAGCCACCGACAAUAUAUAUUAUAUGAAGAAAUAUUGGAACAAAAUAAUAUGGAGCUGCUAUCAUUUUGCAAAUUUGCUUCGAUGCUAUUGGCGGAUUGGUACUAAGGCCAGGGCAAGAGCUCUCAGAGCUUAUAAAAUCGCCUCGAAACGACGACGUCGUCGAAAAAAUGAAUUUGCUUGUGAGGAUGAGGAUGACGAUGGGUAUGGAGACUGUGUCGGAAAUGAGGGCGAGGAUAAAUGUGACUGAGGAAUCGUUAAGUGUCAUUUGGUGCCAAAUUAUUGGCUCACAUUUUCUGCACUCUGUUCAGUAACUUAUCUAGCUUGAAUUUAUUCCCGUCCUGUUUUCCUGGUUUCCUCCUUUUCCCCACUUUUUUUUUUGCGUUACUUUAUGGACUAGCACCGGAAAUUUAGUUUCCCUAUUGCAUAUUUCUCGUCUCCAGACUACAAGCUACUACUUUUCAUCCCCCUCUCAGUUGUUCACUUCUAUCUCCUUUUUUUCUUUUUUUGGCAAUCUGUAACAAUAAAUUUCGUUGGCUGCGGAACAACAAAUCCUAACUCCAGUUACUCAGAGUUAGCUGCCAAAAAAUGUGUCACCAGUGUCGUACUAUGGAGGAUGGGCAGUAAAAAAGUCAAACUGAUAUGAAAAGGAAUGCCAAUGUUGUGCAUGUUUGAGAUGUAUAUGUAAGUGUAUAGAGCGAUCAGGGAUGGAACAGAGCAUAGAU